AUGCCGUACUGUCGCAAAUGCGAGCGGUCUUUUUCCAACCGUUUUGGAUACAUACAGCACCUUCUCAACUCGAGCAACCACAACUACUGCCAUGCGCAUGGUCUCGAUUUCUCGUCCCCGUUAGGGCUCAAAGAGCAUUAUGUUCAGAGCCCAGAGCACGCCUAUUGCCAAUAUUGCGUGGAACAUUUUGACGAUGAAUGGGAUCUCGAGGACCAUAACGACGCCUUUCACGUCCGCUGCGAGGACUGCAAUCGUUUCUUCAAAAACGAGUUCGGUCUGCACGAGCAUUACCGCCAAUCCCCCUACCAUCGCGACCAAUAUUGCACUCCCUGCAGGCGGCUCUUCACCUCGGAGAAUGCAUACAAGAAUCACUUGCGUUCUUCCAUCCACCAACCCAAGAACGUGAUGUGUCCUGGGCGUGGAUGUGGCAUGGGCUUCGUGUCGACCUCCGCCCUCGCCCUUCACCUCGAAUCAGGCGGCUGCCCGUCUGGGAUCACACGCGCAGAAGUCAACCGUAUCAUCCGCCACUAUGACAGGAACAACGUCAUUACGGAUCCGUCUAGGAUGAUUGGAAACGGAGGCCGCGGGGACGAUGUGACCUACUAUGCCACCGGUGCUUCGUGGAACGGCUGGGCGUACGAGUGUUGCAUCUGUCACAAGGAGUACUCGACUUUGCGCGCCUUGAACCAGCAUCUUGGAAGCCCCCGACAUCAGAGCAAGAUUUACGUCUGUCCUUGGAGUACCUGUGGGGCGCGGUUCACGACACUCAGUGGGUUCUGUCAGCACGUCGAGAGUGAGAGUUGUGAUGUUCUUCGGGCGAAUCCUUUGGCGAAGCGAAUUGUCGAUGGAGCUGUCAGGAAUAUGAGAACCAUUACCUAUUGA